AUGGAGCCCGAGCCCUGCAGUAGGCCCGCUGAGCCUGGGCAUUGCGUGAGCGGCCCGCCUAGCUCGGGCUCAGCGUUCCCGGCGUCCCUAUUGUCUGCUGCCGGGGCGGAGCCCGGGAGCCUCCCUGGAACUGUGGCCGCCGUGCUGCCGGCCGGGGGCUGCGGGGAGAGAAUGGGCGUCAGCAUCCCCAAGCAGUUCUGCGGGCUUCUGGAGAGGCCGCUCAUCAGCUACACCCUGCAGGCCCUGGAGAGCGUAUGCUGGAUAAAGGACAUUGUGGUGACAGUGACAGGGGAGAAAAUGGCAGCAAUGAGAAGCAUCAUCCAGAGGUAUGGACAUAAGCGCAUUUCACUGGCUGAGGCAGGAGCAACGCGCCACAGAUCAAUUUUCAAUGGACUGAAAGCCCUGGCAGAAGAUCAGCCGGACUGUAAACUCACUAAGCCAGAAGUGGUCAUUAUCCAUGAUGCUGUGAGACCUUUCGUUGAAGAAGAUAUUCUCCUGAGAGUUGUCAUAGCAGCUAAGGAACACGGGGCAGCAGGAGCAAUUCGACCUCUGGUGUCCACUGUCAUCAGUCCCUCUGCUGAUGGCUGCUUAGACCACUCACUGGACCGUGCCAAACACAGGGCGAGCGAAAUGCCCCAAGCGUUUCUCUUUGAUGUGAUCUAUGAAGCAUAUCAGCAGUGUAGUGACUAUGACUUGGAAUUUGGAACAGAGUGCCUGCAGUUGGCCCUGAAAUACUGUCACAGGAAAGCAAGACUUAUAGAGGGACCUCCCAACCUCUGGAAGGUGACCUACAAACAAGAUCUGUAUGCAGCUGAAUCCAUGAUUAAGGAGAAAAUUUCACAAGAGAUUUGUGUGGUCAUGAAUACAAAAGACCAAGAAGCCACAGGACAUCUUCUUGAGGAAGUGCUAAGAGACAAAUUAAAUUGUGUCAAAGUCACGUCUGUGGUUCUGGACCAUGUGGGUGGAGAUAUUCAGAACUUCAUCACAGACCAAUGCUACAGUUUCAUCUGUGUGAAUGUUGUGCCCUCUGAUUUUCAAGAAACCCAGAAGCUACUGAGUAUAAUUGAAGAGAGCAGCCGUCCUCUCCUAUAUCCCAUAGUUGUUGUUUUGGUGCACUGCCUUGAUUUCACACUGGUGCCGCUCACUCAGAAGCUGGAGAGCCUGAUGUGGAUUCGGGCAUUAGCAAGGGAAGUGAAAGAAAGGAAUAUUUUAUUAAGCGGACUCCUCCUAAAUUACUCACAGGAUGAGCAGAAACUACAAGAGAGUUUAGGACAAGGUGCAGCCAUCAUAGCUGCCUUAGUGAAAGAAAGAAAUUCUGCCCUUGCUGGGCAGCUCCUGGUGGCAUGAAGAGCAAAGACAAAAAUCAUCUAUCAGCUUCCAAAGACACUUCCUUAGACUC